AUGGAAACUGAAGAAAAGUCGCAUCUAAAUAAUCUCUCUCAUGCAGUGCCUCCUUGGCUUACAAGAAUUACUCAGAGAAUGUACGAGGAAUCAAGGUUGUUUCCUUCAGCAAUUAAUCAUGUACUCAUCAAUGAAUACCUUCCUAACCAAGGCAUAAUGCCACACCAGGAUGGACCAGCUUACUUUCCAGUAGUGGCAAUUUUGUCGCUUGGAUCACGUGUUGUUAUGGACUUCACUCCCCAUCCAAGUUUGACAAACUCUGUAAACACAGUGAGAAACAAUGUUGAAGAUACAAUUUCUACUAGAGCUUUGGAGAAUGAAAGUGAAAAAUUGUUGGAUAGUUAUGAUCCUUUUUCUGUUGUAUUGAUGCCCUGCAGUUUACUGAUAUUCAAAGAUAAGGCAUACUCAGACUACUUGCAUGGAAUAAAAGAUUGUGAGGUGCAACACUUCAAUGGGGUAAGAUGAGUGACCUAAUGUGAUGAGCUGUUGGAAAACAAUGCAGUCAAUGUUGCUGAAACUUUGAAAUUUCUUAGAGUAAAUCAGUCACCACCACCUUCAGAAAAAGUGACUGAAGAGAAGAGGACAGCAGAUAGUGUGCACAGAACUACCAGUAGAAUUUCAUUGACAUGUCGAGUUGUGUCGAAGGUUCACAAAAAUUUAUUCAAGUUUUAGAUUUCUCGCAUUUGUUAGUUUCACUUUCUUGUUAAGAUGGUUGCUGCACCAGAUCAUAAAAGAAAAUUAGUGGUGGGAAGCCUAGCAUUAAACAAGUUUAGGUUUUUCUCUAUAGCAGCUUCUAAUGAUGGAAUUCUAGUCAUUGCUUAUCAAUUUAAUAGCAAGUUAUGCUUGUUUGAUUCUCUUUUAUAAUAUUUAUUUUCUGACCUGUAAAAUCUAACACCAAGUGAG